AUGCCGUCAAUGCUUUCUUCGCGUAGUGAACCAUCACAUGUGCUAAAUUCAAUCAUCAUCUCUCCAUCGGACACGGAUUAUAUUGAUCAAUUGAUCCCAUCAAUAAGGGAGUAUAGUGUCAGCAAUCGAACGUCUCAAUUAUUGCAGUCCCUGUCCAAGUUCGCCAGCGAUAAAGAAGCCGAGAUAGAAACAAUAUGCAACACAAACCAUCAGGAAUUUGUAUCUUCAAUCAAUCACCUUCUGCGUAUCAGGGAAGGAACAGUGAGCUUGACCGCGGAGAUCCUUGACCUGAAUCAAUCUAUCCAAGCUAGCACCGAACGUCUCGCCGAACAAAAGAAGGCUCUGGUAGAGUCGCGCAGUCACCGACAGAAUAUUGAUGAGACGUCUCGUGCCAUCCAGGACUGCUUGGAGGUUCUACGCCUGGCUAAUCAAGUUCAUGAUCUACUAGCCAAGAAAAACCACUACGCGGCUUUACGGGCGCUCGAGGAACUCCAAAAUGUGCACCUUAAGGACGUGACCCAAUAUAAAAUUGCCGACAUGAUUCAACGCUCAGUACCAGCGACCCAGCGAGCGAUAGCGGAAGCCGUGCUAUCUGACCUGAAUACUUGGCUCUACAGAAUCCGCGAGAUGUCUCAGUUUCUCGGAGAAAUAGCUCUCUACCAUACAGAAUGCCGGAAGACAAGACUAAAGGAGAGGGCAGAGAAACUACCAUACCUCAGACAUUUCAAACUGAACUCUGCUAUUGAGCUGGUUUCGGAUGAGCACGAAGAAUAUGAUUUAUUACAGAAUGAGGAACUGCAAGUUGACUUCACCCCCCUUUUUGAGUGUUUACAUAUCCAUCAAUCACUGGGGCAGAUGGACAAGUUUCGGACGGAAUACGCUAAUACCCGUCGCCGACAAAAAGAGCUUCUAAUUCCCUCCACGAUAACUUUGGUUGAUGAGGACGGAGCCUCCCUACACAACCUUCUAGAAGAAAUGGCAGGCUUUGCUAUCGUAGAGCGUGCUACCAUGAAGAGAGUGCCAGACUUGAGGUCAUCUGUCGACGUUGAUGAGCUCUGGGAUUCAAUGUGCCAAACUGCUGUGGGUCUCAUUUCAAAAGCGCUUCCUGAAGUUGAUAAUGCUGAGAGUUUGCUCAAAAUUAAAAAUCUCAUUGCAUUAUUUAUGCAAACAAUGAAUACAUGGGACUUCUCAGUUGGAAAAUUUGACGAACUGCUCUUGACUUUGUUCAAGAGGUACGCCGAACUUCUCAAGAAAAGAUUCAGUGAUGACUUCCAGGAGAUCGUAUCGACAGACGAUUAUAUGCCCAUGCCGAUACAAUCGUUAGAUGAGUAUGACAAGGUCCUCAAUGUCAGCUGGUACAAUCCUGAGAAGCCAAGGGAGGAGCAAGUUUCCAUGUGUUCUGCCUUUUUCUCAGAUGUAUCCCUUGUGUUGCAUCGACAUCCGCAACUUCUUAAACCAGCUUUGGAUGAGCUUCUUUCAAACCAAGUUUGCGAUACGCUUGUUGAGCGUCUUUCUUCGCAAUAUCUGGGUCAGAUUGUUCAGAUCUUAAUCAAUCUGGAGCAUUUUGAAUCAGCAUGCCGUGAGCUCGAGGAGCUUCUCGCCGCGGCCCGAUCGCAAGGUGCUGCGGGGGGUCCGAUAUCCUUAAGAGCGACGGAGAAGUUCAGAAGCAACAAAAAAGCGGCGGAAAAGCGAAUCUUUGAGGUCGUCAAUUCCAAAAUUGAUGACCUCAUUGAAACUGCAGAGUAUGACUGGAUGGCACUCACGCCUCCGACAGAGCCCAGCAACUACAUGCAAACGUUGACCCGAUUUCUGUCCAAUAUAAUGAACUCAACAUUGCUCGGUCUCCCAACAGAAAUCAAGGAACUCAUAUAUUUCGAUGCUCUCAGCCAUGCGGCGAACAUGAUACUGGCACAACCGCUCUCCUCAGACGUUAAAAGCAUCAAUCCCAAUGGAGUGAUGGCCCUUGCGAAAGAUGUUGAAUAUCUUUUUCAGUUUGUUGACAGCUUGGGUGUUCCCAUUCUUCGGGAGAACCUCGACGAAUUGCAACAGACUGUGCAUCUAAUGCAGGCAGAUAAUACGGACGAGUUUUACGAUAUUUCUACGAGAAAUAAGAAGUAUGGCCGCGUGGAUGCUAUCAAUGGCCCUAUCCUCUUAGAAAAACUUACACGCACAGUUCAGAGUUCGGGAAAAAUUGAUAAGUUCACAACACUUUCCUCAAGGUUCGGCAAGAAGUCUUGA